AUGCUUCUUCAAAAUCGCCUCUAUUUUUUGGAUACAAGUAUCUCACACUAUCCAAAUAUCAAUGGAAGAAUCCUUUCUUGCUUUCCAGACGGAUCUGACCUCCAAGAGGUUGUCACCCAGAUCCGAAGUAGACCAGAUGGAAUUGCAAUUGAUCCAGUGAACCUACAUAUCUACUGGACAAACCAAGGGAUCCAAGAUGAAAAUAACGGUUUCAUUCAACGUUGUGACUGCGACGGGAGGAACAUCGUCACCAUAAUUCCUAAGGGUGUAACAUGGACACCCAAACAAUUAAAGCUUGCACCGUUGUCAAAGAAGCUAUAUUGGUCGGAUAGAGAGGGCAUGCGUGUGAUGCGAGCCAAUCUUGACGGGAGCGAUGUGGAGGUCCUGCACCAAGCAGGCCAAGGUGAAGCAGACAAGAAAGAUUGUUGCAACUGGUGUGUUGGAAUUGCAGUUGAUGAAGAAGACGAAUUUGUUUACUGGACUCAAAAAGGCCCUGCUCGUGGUGGACAAGGCCGGAUAUUACGCAUGCCGAUUCCCAUACACAGACCGAUAGGCGAUUUUCAGACCAUCAACCCCGAAGUGCUUUUAGAAGGUCUUCCAGAGCCAAUUGAUCUUGAUUUCGAUGCCAACUUUCAACAAUUAUGGUGGACAGAUCGAGGAGAUCCCCCUUCGGAAAUACGGUUAAUACAGUAA